AUGCCGAGAGAAGUUAUUACGAUUCAGUGCGGCCAGUGUGGAAACCAGAUAGGCGAGGUCUUCUGGAAUAGGUUGUGCACUGAACACGGCAUAAAUCCCGACGGGACUCUCAGGCCAGAGGCGUACACCUUCAAUGACAGGAAGGAUGUCUUUUUCUAUCAGUCUGAUGACGAGCACUACGUUCCCCGGGCCAUCCUACUAGAUACAGAGCCAGGCGUGAUCAGUCACAUUCGUAACGGGCCUAUCAAAGAGUUGAUCAACCCUGAGAACGUUUACAUUGAUUCUACGGGUGGGGGAGCUGGCAACAUAUGGACGAAGGGGUUCCAGUGUGGAGAAGCUGGCUUUGAGAAAAUAGUUGAAAUUAUUGAUAGAGAAGCAGACGGAGCGGACUCAUUGGCCGGCUUUUCUCUAACCCACAGUAUCGCCGGUGGCACAGGGUCUGGUAUGGGCAGCUUCUUGCUUGACAGACUUUCUGAUCGGUAUCCCAAGGCGCUGCUGCAGACCUAUAGUGUCUUCCCCAACACUACGGCAGAUAUCAUUGUGCAGCCUUACAAUAGCAUACUAACUCUUCAGCGCCUGGCACUGUGCGCGGAUGCAGUUGUUGUUCUGGACAAUACCGCACUCGAUCGGAUAAUUACUAAUCAUAUACCCAAUGAGCUACUUACCAAUCCGUUUGAACACGUCAACUCCUUGGUUAGCACCGUUAUGGCAGCCAGCACCAGCACCUUGAGACUUCCUGGGUUUAUGUCCAACGACCUGCUUAGCCUGGUGUCCAGCCUGGUGCCCACUCCCCGCCUUCACUUCUUGAUGAGUUCAUAUACACCCAUAACUUCAUCAAGCUUGAAUGUAAAAGAACACACGAAGGACCAGGAGGCAGGGUCAGGAGCGGUAGCAGGGGCCGCAGCUGGCGCCACCCGCAGGCAGGUCCACACAGAUUCUAUCGUUCAGCUGGUUAAACGCCUUCUCCACCCAACAAAUGGGAUGGUGAGCUGUGGCCGAGAUGGAAAGUACAUCUCUCUACUGAACAUUGUACAGGGUGAAGCCGAAAGCAAUCAGCUUUAUAAGUCACUUCAGCAGAUUAAGGAGGGCAGGGAUGUUAAGUUUAUUGACUGGGGCCCAAGUAACAUGCAGAUGGCCUUAUCCAAGCGUUCUCCAUUUACUAACGAAGCACAUAAGGUGUCCGGUCUUAUGCUGGCCAAUCACACAGCUAUCCGUAAAAUCUUUGACAAUAUCAACAAUACAUUUACACAAUUGUUCAGUAAGAGGGCCUAUCUGCAAAACUACAUCGACAGCAUGGUAACCGGAGGAGAGCCUGAAAUUUUAGAGCAGUUCACGGAUGCACAAGCUGUAUGUACAUCUCUAAGUAAGGAGUAUGAGGCUGCAGAAAGCAAGGACUACCUUGAGUAUAUCGGGAUGUAG